GCUACAACAAUGGAGGAAUUUCCAGCUCCGAUUUCCAUGACCGUUAUAGCUGCCAUAUUAGGCUCUUUCUUUUCCUUAAUAUUUCAGUAUAUCUUGCAAGGAAAUAUAACCAGCGGAGUCGCCAGCCUCAGCCUCAAUGUCCUUAUCACUGCUGUGUUAGCGGGAGGAUCAGUGACAUCCAUAAGCUCAUUAGUAGUAACAAUGUCUGUUCAUAAGAAAGGACCGGUUUUUGUUUCAGUCUUCCAACCUACACAAUCAUUCUGUGCAGCCAUUCUUUCAGCACUGAUAUUAAAGCAGUUUAUCAGCCUUGGAAGCUUGAUAGGUAUGGGGCUCAUGUUUGUUGGCUUGUAUGUUGUCUUGUGGGCAAAGAUUAAGGAAGCUGAUAAAGAAGAGAGUAGAUUGAUCCCAGAUGAAGAGAGAGCUCUUCUUUUUUAGUGGGUUCUUAUGAAGGCCUGUUGCUAGCCAUGUAAAGAAUGAAAUGAAUUGAAUAGAUGACAUUAAGUAUAUAUUAAUAAAAGUAUGAUGAAA